AUGGAUGCAUUACAGUGGCAUGCGCAUACCUUUGAUUCCUCAAGUCUUGAUGAUAGCGACUGGGACUCAGACACAACUAACAACUCAUAUCAGUCAGAUUUGGACUUUCGAUCACAUCUUCAUAGAUCUCCUUCGAUUGAUUCUACUGAUUCUUCUGGCCCUGCGCAAUAUUGGUUGGACGCCUUCUUAGAAUCGGCAGUGGCACCAGAAGAUCUACCCGAUGCCUAUGAAUUGGCCAUGACCCCUGAGGACUUCAUCUCAUCAGACCCGGAAUCAGAAAGUUUGGACCCGGAAACAGAAUAUGACGAUGAAGAACUACUCAUAUUGAAUAGUCCCGAUGCGCUCUAUCAGCUUUUUCUCAAGGACAAGCUACAAGUCCGAAUCAGUGCCUCAAAGCGGUGGGAACUUUUGUGUCCAGACUGUGCAGAGUGGUGUCAGACUGGCAUACACUCGGGCAUUAACUUAUGGAUAUCCGGACAGUUUGUGUCACUCAGUAAUCAUCGGGGGAGUCGGAAAUGCGAUCAGACAGCCAAAAAAAAGCUGAGCGCCCAUCAGAAGGACAACAAGGUGUUUGAUGUACCAUCAACAUGUUCCGGAGUUACCUCAAAUGACACAAGCGCAUUGCUUGCUCCUCCUCCUGGUCUUAAUUGCGCUGAUCUUACUGUUGUCUGGCCUGACGACCUUCGCCCAUUCACAAUGCUUUUACCUUGGGAACGAUACCACGAAGGUCCGGACUCAUUACCUUUCCUCGUUGACAUCACACAUCCAAGCAAGCCUCGCGUUCGGUCAAGGCGCUGCAGGUUAUCGACUCUACUCGAGGGUGUGCCAUGUGAUGAAUGCGCCGACAUCUCCCAGCAUGUCUCUCAACUUGCGGAGGCUGCGCGUGACCCCAAACCACACACUAAUUACCGCUUUUUGGGCCUUGCACACAUGCAAGACCUUGCUAAAGGGUAUGCUGAUCAAACGAGGCAGUUGAAGCUUUUUUUUAAUGGACUAAAUGAAUCACGUCAGCACAUGAGCAUGCUGACCCAACUUGACGACUACCAUCAUCUUCUCAUGGCCAUCUCUGAGCAAGACAUCCCUCGGCUCCAGCAAAUCAUCAACAUUGCAUUGCACAAUGGUGCCAGUGUCCGGGAGAUAGUCAAUAAGCUGGAAGACGCCAUCGAGGGAGCAUAUUGUCCGCGAGGCUAUGGAGCCAAUGACCUGGACAUCGCAACGUUGGUUUUUCGACUCGGCGGACGUCAGCUUCUCUUUGCUCUUAAUCAAUGCCUUGGUCUCCCAUCUAUCCGCACUCUGCGUACCAAGUCUGUUUUCACUAAGCUUACCCCAACCAUUGGUCCUAUCCGCAAUGAGCAGCUCGACGAAAACAUUGACUCCAUAGUUCUCCGCACUCGCACUGAUAUCACCACACUUCGCGGUGUUAGUCUUAUGGUCGAUGAGAUAGCUCUGGAAGAAAUGGCCAUCCACUUCAGUAAAUACAACAAGAUUGCUGGCCUUUGCUGGAAGCAUUCCCACCUCGUCGACCCUGUCCUUCAUACAUACGAGUCUGCCAUCACAAUCACGCAGAAAAUUCACGAUGGCGAAGUUCACCUUGGGAAGGAGCUUACAGUUAUUGGAGCCACGUGCUUUGGGGAGGACGAACUUUACCCCAUUUUAGCAGCACCCACUUGCAAGACCGAAGAUGCAGCUGAUAUGGAGGGUGUACUGGUUCGUGCAAUUGAACGCUGGGUUGCAACUGGAGCAGCUGCAUCUGUUGGACCAGUGUGGUCCUUUGCGACUGAUGGUGAUGCUACGCGCCGUGCCGCGGGGCACAAACUUUUUCUCAAGAAACCGUUAUCGUCAGAAUCACACUUAUACAGCAUUCUUAGCAACAUGCCUGGUCUCAACACCAUGACAGGUGAUGCUGAGGUGAUGCUUGAUUUUGACUUCAAGCAUAUUUUUAAACGCUUCUGCACGCUCAUCUGCUCCCCUGCAGGCAUCGUCCUAAAUAACGGUCGCGUAAUUAACACUAUGAUGCUUUCAAGGUACCUUGUUUGGUUGCCCGCAUAUGAUGAAGCCAGUGUUAUGAAACUCCUCCACCCCGAUGAUCCACAAGACGUCCCCCGGCCAUUGAACUUAGUUUCAAUCACUCUCCUCAGCAAUUUGAUUGAGUCCAUUCUCGUCCCUUUCAUCAAUACGAAGCUCUCCCUCACAGAACAAGUUCAGUCCCUUAGCUGCUAUGCUCACCUUGCGUUCUCCAUUUUCCGUGUUCACCGCCAUCUAUUCAUGCCUUUCCAACUCUACUAUGACACUCAAACAUCGGUCAAGGGUGUCGUGUUUAAUAUCGCAAAGCAGCAACUUCUUGAUCUGCGCGCAUCAUUCUUCCUUGGAGAUUGUGGAGAUGAUCGACUUGAACUCAUGUUCGGUCGAUCCCGUAUGAUUGGGGGACAUAAUUCAGGCUGUUCGUAUGCUCAGGCUCUUGAUCGUCUAGGUGCUGCAAAGGACAUCAACACUGUGUUCAAGCGGCACCCUGAACUUGACCCUGGCCACCAGCGCCUCAGCCUUGGCAAGCGGAUCGAGGACGUCGAUCACAUCAACCGGUUGAUGUGGAAGGGUGAUAUCAUUAGCGGUCACUGUGAUCUUCCAUCAGUGUGGCGACAAGGGCGUGAGAUGGCAGUAGCUAUCCUGACUUCUUCUCAGAUCGAUCACAUCAACUAUGCUUACACCGAGCUCUUCCAUGAUCCCGGAACGGAUAUGUUACGUCCUCUGGGUAUGAAUAAGUACUUCGGCAUCGCAGAUGAGGAGCGGGAGGACUUCAGUCGAGUGCCCAAGACCCUGCCUACUGCACCUAUUCCUUUGCCACCAUCACAGGUCUUUGAGACAGUGUUGCUGUGGUUGCCAGCUGACGAGAGUAAUGAAAUUCAGGGGCUAGGCAUUGAUGAGGAUGAUGGUGACAAACUUAUGUUAACAUUUGAAGAGAUGCUGGCCGCAGAAUCUGGUUCUGACUCCCCUCAAUCCCUUGUUUCGUCAACAGAUGCAUCUGCGCCUAUGCCGCUCCAAGGUCAAGGCAUUCACACUGACGACUACUUACUGUCAUAUCCCGUAUUCUGGACCUACAUCCAACAAUAUUUCCACGCCUCAUCCAGACCUUCGGACGCCCUAUCCAUGUCUCCAGUCCUCUACCCAUCCAGAUCCCUGCACCUCGGUACAUCCACAUCCGCACAUCCACAUCCAGAUCCCUUUACCUCUGUACAUCAGACCUCCAUACCUCUGCAGCUAGCCUGCAUCAUUCAUCCUUUGUCCUAUUACCCUAAUGUCAUAUCUCGUAUAUCCACGCUUCUCAUCCGGACCUCCGAUCCGAUCCGAUAUAUGAUAAGCUUCCUAAUUCAUUUCCUGUGCAUAUAA